GGCACUGACAGGCGCAUGCGCGGUGCGGGUGUCAGCGGGUUGGUUGGGCUUGUGUUUACAGCUCGGCUGGAUGCUGUUGGCUGCUGAUGUUAUUGGGAAAGUGCAAUGUUGUGCCAACCCCCGUUGGAUUGAAUACAACAGUGGGAAUAAAGGUGAUUUUGCUCAUCAUCUCCCACCACUUCCUCCUCCCGUCUUCCAUUCAUGAGCAGCGUGGCUGAGUUUAACAGCGGCAGCCAUGGAUGACAAGGGCUCGGUGGGGAAGAUUAGCGUGUCUUCGGACUCAGUGUCCACUCUCAACAGUGAGGACUUUGUCCUUGUGUCCCGGCUGGGGGACGAGACACCCUCCUCCACUAAUAAUGGUAGUGAUGACGAAAAGACAGGACUGAAGGUGAUUUCUGAGGAAGGGGUCAGCUUUAAGAUUGUGGGGAAUGGAAGUGAGCAGCAGCUCCAGAGGGAGUUAGAGGAUGUCCUCAUGGACCCAUCGGUAGCUGACACUGGGCCCGGAUCAGAAGCCGCAAUGGACAGCCUCGGUGGGGCCGACCAUGGCCUUCUUCCCAGCAUGGCGUCACCUGUAGCGCCAGGCUCUGACCCGCUGAGCGCACCACCACCCAAGCUGGAGAUGGUGCUUCCUGUUCAGACAGCUCAGGAGAGCGAGCUGAAUGAGAGGUCAUACCGAGCAGAUGAAUCAUCGUCGGAUGGCAGUCCUGUUAGUCCCAUCCCAGAUGAGGAUAGUGUUGUGUUCAGCCAGCUGACAUAUCUUGGGUGUGCCUCAGUCAACGCCCCUCGUAGUGAGGUGGAGGCCCUCCGUAUGAUGAGUAUUCUCCGAGGGCAGUGCCAAGUCCCCCUGGAUGUCACGCUGUCUGUGCCAGGCGUUUCAGAAGGCACUGUUAGGUUGCUGGACCCCAACACCAGUACAGAGAUUGCCAACUACCCUAUCUAUAAGAUUCUGUUCUGUGUGCGAGGCCAUGAUGGCACAACAGAGAGCGACUGCUUUGCCUUCACUGAGAGCCACUACAAUGCUGAGAUCUUCAGGAUCCACGUGUUCCGCUGCCAAAUCCGAGAAGCGGUGAGUAGGAUACUGUACAGCUUUGCCACAGCGUUUCGUCGGUCAGCGAAGAAGGCCUUGCUAUCAUCCCAGCAGGCUGCUCCGCUCACCCCUGACAGUGACUUGUUUACCUUCACCGUCAGCCUGGAAAUCAAGGAGGAUGAUGGAAAGGGUACUUUCAGCGCUGUAGCAAAAGACAAGGACAAGCAGAGCUUCAAACUGCGUGCAGGAAUGGACAAGAAAAUUGUCAUUUAUGUCCAGCAGACUUCCAACAAGGAACUGGCCAUUGAGAGGUGUUUCGGUCUCCUGCUUAGCCCAGGGAAAAAUGUGAAGAACAGUGACAUGCACCUGCUAGACCUGGAGUCAAUGGGAAAGAGCUCAGACGGGAAGUCUUACAUCAUCACAGGAAGUUGGAACCCCAACACGCCUCAGUUUCAGGCUGUGAAUGAGGAAACGCCCAAAGAUAAAUUCAUGUACAUGACAACAGCAGUGGACCUAGUGAUUACAGAGGUGGAGGAGCCAGUCCGUUUUCUGCUGGAGACGAGGGUGAGAGUUUGCUCCCCAAAUGACCGGCUGUUCUGGCCCUUCAGCAAGCGAAACUACACUGAGACCUUCUACCUUAAACUACGACAGAUGGAGCGCAAGGAGCGCAAGAGUCCUGCCUCGGACACACUUUAUGAGGUGGUGAGUCUGGAAAGUGAAACUGAGAGAGAGAAAAGGAAGACCACAGCCAGUCCCGGUAUCCUGCCCAGCGGGCCUGGUAGCACGGUUCCCUCACCACCUGAGGAUGACGAGGAGGAAGAUAACGACGAGCCGUUGCUCAGCGGGUCAGGUGACGUUUCCAAGGAGUGUGCAGAGAAGAUCCUGGAGACAUGGGGAGACUUGUUAUCCAAGUGGCAUAUGAACUUAUCAGUGCGUCCCAGGCAACUGCCAGCUCUGGUGCGCAGCGGCAUCCCUGAGGCUCUCCGUGGGGAGGUGUGGCAGCUCCUGGCAGGCUGUCAUAACAAUGACCACCAGGUAGAAGAGUACAGGACUCUUAUUACGAAGGAGUCCCCCCAGGACAGUGCCAUCACCAGGGACAUCAACAGGACAUUCCCAGCUCAUGACUACUUCAAAGACACUGGAGGAGAUGGACAAGACUCCCUCUACAAGAUCUGCAAGGCUUACUCUGUUUACGAUGAGGAGAUUGGUUACUGCCAGGGACAAUCCUUCUUGGCUGCUGUGCUGCUGCUGCAUAUGCCAGAGGAGCAAGCUUUCAGUGUUCUGGUCAAGAUCAUGUUUGAUUAUGGGCUCAGGGACCUUUUCAAGCAGAACUUUGAAGAUCUGCACUGCAAGUUCUUCCAGCUUGAGAGACUCAUGCAGGAGUAUAUACCAGACCUGUACAACCACUUCCUGAAUGUGGGUCUGGAGGCUCAUAUGUACGCUUCUCAGUGGUUCCUCACCCUCUUCACAGCCAAGUUCCCUCUUUACAUGGUCUUCCAUAUCAUCGACCUGCUACUGUGUGAGGGCAUCAGUGUGAUCUUCAAUGUAGCCUUGGCACUUUUGAAGACAUCAAAAGAUGAUCUCAUCCAAACAGACUUUGAGGGUGCGCUCAAAUUCUUCCGUGUUCCAGUUCCGAAGAGGUACCGUUCUGAGGAAAAUGCAAAGAAACUGAUGGAGCUGGCCUGUAGCAUGAAGAUCAGCCAGAAAAAGUUGAAGAAAUUUGAGAAGGAGUACCACACCAUAAGGGAGCAGCAGGAGCAGCAGGAAGCCCCCAUCGAGAGAUAUGAGCGGGAGAAUCGCCGUCUGCAAGAGGCCAACAUGCGCUUGGAGCAGGAGAACGACGACCUGGCACAUGAACUUGUCAGCAGCAAGAUAGCCCUGCGCAAAGACCUCGACAAUGCUGAGGAGAAGGCAGACGCCCUGAAUAAAGAGCUGCUGCUGACCAAACAGAAGCUGGUGGACUCCGAGGACGAGAAGAGGCGACUGGAGGAAGAGUCGGCACAGCUGAAGGAGAUGUGCAGACGAGAGCUUGAUAAGUCUGAAUCAGAGAUCAAGAAGAACGGCUCCAUUAUUGGAGAAUACAAGCAGAUCUGCUCCCAGCUGAGUGAACGACUGGAGAAACAACAGACAGCCAACCGAGGAGAACUGGAGAAAAUCCGGUCCAAGGUGGAAGGCUGUGAGAAGUGCAGUAGUCUUUUCAACAAAGAGGGUCGCGUGCGGGCCGCCGUGACCUCGGCGCCUGCCGGGGGCGCCGAGGAGACGGACGAGGAGAAGGAGGGUUUGAAGAACCAGCUGAGAGAGAUGGAGCUGGAGCUAGCCCAGACCAAACUGCAGCUGGUGGAGGCUGAGUGCAAAAUCCAGGACCUGGAGCACCACCUCGGUCUGGCCCUCAACGAGGUGCAGGCCGCCAAGAAGACCUGGUUCAACCGAACGCUCAGCUCCAUCAAGACCGUCACUGGGACCCAGGGGAAGGAGACCACCUAACCUGACAGCCCCAUCAUCCAGUUUUACCCAGACCACGUGUGGCGCUCACGCUGAAUCCUCUGGACGCCUAACUUUAACCCGCUGGGCCGUAACUUGAACACUGACCGUUCAAUCCCAGGAUGACCAUUACUAAAGACUGUGUUUUCUUGUUCCUCUUAUCAAAAAUGUCCUUGUGUUUCCCUCCUGAUCUAAUCAUCACCUCCCCCCCAUCCGUCUCUUCCCCGCUACGACCCGAAUGACUACAGCCGACUGUGCUGAUGAGAAGGGGUUGAAAAACACACGAUGAAGUACAACGGUACCACUUUCCCCUGAGAAACAAUGUGCUUCCACCGGUCACAGAAAGAAAAGGGUAAAAAAGAAAAAAAGCUUCAUUUAUUUCUGUCUUUGUACUGCUGAUAUUAAAGACCCGCAGAAGGAAGGUAGGACACCUGAACUGUAACUGUCCUGACGGGAUAGAGAAGAAAAACACUCCGUCCUUCCUUGCUGUUCUGCGUGCUCCCCUCUAAACUACUGGCACAAACCAACCAGUCCCUGUAAAAUGUUUGUUUUAGGUACGAGAGCUAAUAGACGCCUUUUCAAAACUGAGCUUUUUCUAAUUUACGUUGAACAAUACCUUUCUUUUUCUAUGUAUGUACAUGAAUGUGCUUAUGUAAAGAGGAUGUAUGUAUGUAUGUAUGUAUGUAUGUGUGUUUGAGUGUGCAUGUUUUUUGUUUUGUGCCGACUGUGAGGUGUACGUGUUCAUCUGGGUCUGUGUGUGUGUGAGUGACUGAACAAUGUUUUUGAAUGCAUAAGUAAUGACUGAAAUAACGUUAAAAUGUAUGUAUAAAGGAGGAAAGACAAGAGAGAGCGUGUCGAAGCCCAAGGGAAAGAAAAAGCACUAAGGUUAUGAGUGUGUGCAUGCAUGUAAGGGAAGUUAUUUCCUGUUUUGUCUCGUUCCUUUUAAUGUUCAAAUUUGUAUAUGAAUGAUGCUAAAGAAAAGUUUGCUGACAAAGCCUUGCUCUGAAGGUCGAUAACGAUGAAACUAGUGGAUAUGAAUAUAUAAUUUACAGUCAGAACAGAAGCAUUAAAAGCUGUGGUGAUAGAAAGCCGCAGCUGUACUUUCCUCACAUCAGCUUUCAGACAAAAAACAUUGCCUGAGGUUUGCUUGGUUUGGAUGUCCCUGCACAAAGAAGAAGAAGAAGGAAAAAAAAAAAAUCUCCAAACUGUGCAGACCUCCGCAUGUGAUGCAGUGUCUGUAUGAAUGUUAGAACACUGUUUAGCCCGAGAGUGGUGCGAUGGUCAUUACAAACAAAAACAUCACUUGGUGGAAGUCAAAAUGGGAAACACGCACGCACACAGAAUGUUGGAGUUCCUGACGCACCUGAACGCACCUUUAAAACCUGCCUCCAUCUUCUCUGUGAUCUUCGAUGUUCACUGGCAGGGUCAUGUUUGCAGCCCGCGUUGUGUUAACUUUCAGUUAUAGUCAGACCUUUGAUAUAUUUUUACCACUAUACACAAACACUGAAUCACAUUGUUCUCUACCCGCCUCUGUAUAAAAUUAACAAACACUCAGUGGCCACUUCAUUAGGGACAGCUGCUCGUUAAAGCAUCAGUGUUCUCCAAACAUACGGACCAGGUCAAGAGGUUUGGUUUAUUUCUGGCUAGUGAUACGCCAUCAUAUUGUUCUCUAUUUGAUAUGAUUUAAAAAAUACAUGUCCCAUCCGUGACACACAGCAACACCAAGCACGGCUGAAAGUAACACUGCUACUGGCGCCGAAGUUGAGCAGUUAGUUCCUAAAAGGGGAGCGAAAGUCAGCUGUCGUGUCGUCAAGGAUAUCCUUAUCACAAAAGUACCCCAAAAUAUCACUGUAUUAUUUAAGGCCUAUAUCGACCAGCCCUAUUUCUGACAAAAAUUAUAGAAAUUGAUCUGGAAGAUGGCACGGUUACUGGUGCUAGCAGAGGAUGGUCAUGUCUGUAUAGGAUGGUGAUGACAGCAAGAGCUGAUGGUCAAAACUAACAAGGAAGGCCACAAAGACAGAUUUGUUAAGCACAGGUUACCAGUGUGUGCAUAUAUGCAACAGCUUGAAGAGUGGAAAAGGUUUCAUAAUGCAACAAAUGAAAGUUAGUGCUGUCCCGUGUGGUCAGAACUGGCGUAACAAACAUGUCAAAUCAAAUGUAGAAUCUGGUGUCGUAAUGGCGUUUUGGUUAUCCACGAUGUUAGAGGUGUUGUUACUGGCCGGGUGCAUCUUCUUCGUGGCCGUGUGACAAAGCGUUCAUCAUCCAAAGAUGGAUCCAGAAACAUGACAGGAGCACGUGUUUGUUCCGGCCGCCUUCACUCGGCUCAGUGCAGCACAUUUGGGAUGAGAUGGGACGAGAUAACCACAGCACGAGCAUCUCGCAGCUCCCCUCAAAAAAAAUCUCCAGGAAUUGAUCGACUUUAUAGCGAACCGGCGAGGAGCGAAAUCCCCGAGAAACAUUUUCAGUUUACACCUCGAAGAAAAUCAAUGUGUUCGGGAGGGAAACGCAGAUGUUAAAUAAUGGUGGCCACUGAGCGCGUAUACACAUGCACACUGUUGUGAAUGUUGGGCCAGAAAGGUCACGCACAUGAGGACACUUGCUGACUGUAACUCUGCACCUUAAGUGUGGAUCAGUAUCAUAGGACUUCAGAGUGAUGUCACCAGAGGUCAAAGCACGGGUCAAACCAAGCGCUCUAAAUAAGUCUGGAGGGAAUGGAGGGGGUUAAAAAGUGCUGCCGUGGGUCCGCGUGUGUGUGUGUUUUCAUAUUUCGCUGACUACAAAGGUCAAACUAUUCAAAUUUCUAUUUGUGCUUUACUAAUCACAUUAGACUGAAGCAGAAGUUGUUAUUCUUUUGCCAGCCUAGAAUGAACAUUUACUGUAAAUUAAGUCUAACUUGAAGGUCAAAUCCGAUUGGCUGGAGUCCACACUCGUGAUGUUAGAGGAUAAAGUCCAGAAGAGGUCGAAAGAAAGGUCGAAAAAAAUAAAGAAAAAAGGCCGUUCCUCUAAAGGCACUGGGUUGUAUAUAACAAACAUUAAAAAAAUGACUAUUGAGUUUUUGUUUAUGAUUUUCUACUCUGUAACUAUAACUAAUGUUGCCUACUUGUACCUACCUACCUACCUGCUGCCGUGCUACAGUUUAAUCCACGACGAUGUUUUAUGUUUUUAAUGUUUUUUUGUUUUUUUUUGCUCCAAGCUUCUCAGUCAGACUGCUGUUUGGUUCAUUAAAUGCCAAAACGUAGCUUUAUCAUCCAACAAGAGAAAAAAACAUUAUCAACGUGUGGAAAUUGUAAUAGUGUAGGAUGCAUUGUGUAUACUUCAUGAAUUUCAAUAUAAAGAUAUCGACACGAAA